AUGUCUCUUAAGGUCGUCGUCCUCGCCUGCGUGGCUGUCGUCGCUCUGUGCGACAAGGCCCCAGUCCACGCCCCUCACCCCCCCGUUUACGCCCCUAGACCCUCCUACCACGCCCCUGCUCCUUACCACGCCCCCAAACCUGCCUACCACGCCCCCGAACCCGCCUACCACGCCCCCGAGCCCGCCUACCACGCCCCCGAGCCCGCCUACCACACCCCAGAGCCCGCCUACCACGCCCCAGAGCCUGCCUACCACACCCCAGAGCCCGCUUACCACGCUCCGAAACACUAUGAAAAUGAGUACCCUGACGUGCCCCCGAAGUACAACUACAACUACGGCGUCGCCGACGGUUACUCCGGCGCCAACUUCGGCCACACUGAGUCCCGCGACGGCUACAAGACCGAGGGCAGCUACACCGUGGACCUCCCCGACGGCCGCAAGCAGAUCGUCAAGUACGUGGACAACGGCGACGGUUAUGUAGCUGAGGUCACCUACGAGGGCGAGGCUCAGUACCCCGAGUACAAGCCCACCUACAAGACCGCUCCCCCCACCUACGGCACCCCUACCCCCGCCUAUGCUUAA